UUUGAAGUAGGCGAUAAAGUUAUCGUGAAAUUUAAGAAUCGUGAAUCGGUGCGGUGUUACUAUAAAGUAAUUACUUAUUUCGGAACGUUUGAACCAAAAAGUAAAACCAUCAUGGAUUUACUUGGUUCUAUUCUUGGAACUAUGCAAAAGCCACCUACCAUGGGUGAUGAGGAAAAGAAAAAGGCUAAAGCACAAAGGGCCUUACUUGAAAAACAACAAGAGAAAGAGAAGAAAAAAUUGCAAGAUUUUAGAGAAAAGAUACAAAAGAGAAUCCACGACUUUAUUAAAGAUGGAGCCCUUCAGAAAUUUAAGUUUGAGCCUAUGGACAAAGGAUGGCGAGCCAUUGUUCAUGAAGUUGCUGAUGUUGCAGGCUUGACCUCCUUUUCGUUUGGAAUUGAGGAGGAGGACAGAUAUGUUAUGAUUUGGAAGAAGGAGUUUGCUCCAACAGAUGAUGAAAUUAAUGCACUUAAGGCUGGUAAAGAGUGGAACCUUGAAAUGGCCAAGGAGCUAGAGAAGCAAAGGGAACUAGAGAGAUUGAGUGCAGAGGAAAAUGUACCCACACAAAAGAAAAUCAUUCCAAAUUCUAACUAUAAAGAUAAAUACAAACAUUUAAUUGGAGACGAAGCUGCAAAGAAAGGGGCGAAACAGACGACAGCUAACCGGUCAUAUGGAUUUGUGCCAAGUGAAAACAAGCGAGAUCACAGGACAAUAGAAGAAGUUUUAGCAGAAACCAGAGCAAAGAAAAAGCUUAAAACAGAGACCCAGGCAAAUCCUGUUGGCGGUUCACAGGGGGAGGGGCCAGUCACAGGGAGUUCUGUCAAUCAAACCUCAGAAAUCGGGAAAACUGUAUCAGACAAUAAAUAACAUAUCACACAGAUAUUAAUUAUAAACAAAAGGUGUUGAUUAACCUGAUACUUAAUUCUAAAUAUUAUCCAAUUUUAUUAACAUUUGAUGAUUUUUUUUUACAUGUAUAACUAUGUUUGUAAGUCAAUUCAAAUGUGAUGGAUCCUAUUUCAACACACAACUCUCACCUGAAUUAACCCAGUUUGGAACUGAUUUGUAUUUGAGGGUAAAAUUAUAAUUGAGAUGUUAAUGAAUGUGUGUAUUUUCUAUGUCAUAAUGAAUGAAUUUCUAUAAUAUCAAAAUGAGCUUUAAAUUAGCCAGUAUUGUAUCAUAAUAAGUUAAUGUUGUAUGAAGAAUUAUGUCCAAAAGUUGUAAAACUCCUGUUUGCUAUAAAUGCUGUUUACUUUUAAACUUGUAUGAAUUUAAAGUCGUAUAAAAGUGUAAGCAUUUGUUUGUACCAAAUUUCAUCCUAUAUGAUUUUUUCCUAACAAGUGUGCUUUUGAUAUUUGUUGAUUUUAUAUGAAAAAUAAAAAAAUAAAUUACAA